AAAGCGGCUCCCGGUGCCGGCAGCGGUCGCGGGGCGCCGGUGCGCGCGGGGCUCCGGUGCCGGCGGCGGCCCCGCCAUGGCCAAGUGGCUCCGGGAGUACCUGGGCCGGGGGGCCCGGCGCUCCCCCCCGCGCCCGCCCCAGCCCGACUACAGCGGCGGCGAGCGCCGCCCCGCCGGGGCCCCCCCGCCCGCCGGCCCCGGCCCCGGCCCCGGCCCCGGUCCCGGCCCCGGUCCCGCCGCCUCCCCCCGGCACCGGCUGGUCCGCGUGGGGGGCGCGGGGCCGGGCGGCGGCCCCCGCCGGCGGGAGCAGGGCCGCGGCGAGAGCGAGUACUCGGAGCCCUUCGAGGCGGAGCAGGACCCGGCACCCGAGGGCGGCUGCGAGGAGCCCGCCGAGGCCGAAGGGCGCCGGGGCCGGCGGGGGAGGCCGCGCCAGGGCCCGCGGCUCUACGACACCCCGUCCGAGGAGUGGGAGCCGGCGGGCGAGGGCGCGGGGCCGGCCGCGGCCCGGGAGAGCCGCCUGCCCCGGGACGACGAGCGGCCCGCGGACGAGUACGACCAGCCCUGGGAGUGGAAGAAGGACCACAUCUCCCGGGCGUUCGCAGUGCAGUUCGAGAGCCCCGACCGCUCCCCCAGCCGCCCCCGGGAGCCGCCGCGGACGCCCCGGGCCCCCGCAGGCGCCAGGCCGGGCUGCCCCCCCAGCCCGGGGCGCGUGGACCCCUCGCUGCCCCUGGAGAAGCAGGCGUGGUACCACGGCCCCAUCGGGCGGGCGGGCGCCGAGACGCUGCUGGCGCUGUGCCGCGAGGGCAGCUUCCUGGUGCGGGACUGCGAGACCAGCCCCGACGACUACUCGCUCUCGCUGAGGAGCAGCCAGGGCUUCGUGCACGUGAAGCUCACGCGGACGCGGGAGCGGCACUUCGUGCUGGGGCGCGCGGGGGCCGCCUUCCCCUCGGUGCCCGAGGCCGUGCGGCACUACACGGCGCGGGCGCUGCCCGUCCGCGGCGCCCGCCACCUCUCCCUGCUCUACCCCGUUGCCGCGCAGCCCCUGUGAGCCCGGCGCCGCACGGGAAUGCCUGCCGGGCCCCCGUCGCCCCGGGCCCAUGGCCACCAUUAAACUCCAACGUGCAGACCGUG